GCUCGGGGCUUUGAAGACCUCGAGCCUUCAUAUUCGCCUCGAGGAGGCUCUGUCUUUUUUCUCUCGUGGCUCGACCCCGACCGAGCCCAGAUGACAUCUACGGGCCACUUCCGCGGCGUUGUCCCAGGCGAACCAAUGCAAAGCAGCAUUGUCGGCAACUACGACCAUGUGAUGAGGAGGGCGGAGGUCAACCUCCAGAGCACGGCCUUUGUCCUGAAGGACGUCGGCGCUGCCAUCUCCCGCGAGAUAGCCACGCUGCAGGAUCACAAACGCAUGCUCCAGCUCAGCCUGGUGCGCGCGAAGCACGGCAAGACGGACAAUGUCAAGGAGCAGAUGGCCAAGUCGGAGUACGAGUAUCAGCUGAAGGACCAGAUCGACUCGCUCACGAAGAUGAUCGAUGAGCUCAGCAAGCAGCACGGGUUCAUCAACACCACGGCGAACCAGACAGUCGACGUGACCAGCGACAAGAACUACAACGAGCCCCAGAGCGACGAGCAGGCGAUCAUCAUGAAGCUCGAGACGGGCGAGGAGACGCUCCUGAUCGAGAAAAAUGGCGCCCCCUACCAGGUCCUGUGGAAGGCGGGCGAUCCCAACUCCUGGGUGCACUACGGCUGGAAGCAGAAGGACCCGUCCUUGUGGGUGGAUCCCCUGUCAGUCGGCAGCAGUGGCAGCAGUCCAUCGGUGCCCACGGACACCAAGACUCUCUGGGUAAAGGUCGAGGCGCUCGAGCGCAAGUUGGCGGAGUCGACCGCUGGGCCCUCGGAGCAGGCUGAGUGAGGGAGCGGCUCAUCAUAUGCGAGUGCGAAGCCUGUACUUUUUCCACCAGUGGCGUGGAGACGCAAAGGCUGUUUUUUUUUUCCCGCCGACGGCGUGGGGACGAAGCGAUUGGAUGAACUAUGCUAUUGGGACGUGCAGCGAU